GUAAAAUACCGCAGUGCAAGCCUGCGAGUACUUAAAGAAAGCGGCUCGCACUCUCGAACUUACUACGGAAUACGGCAAUGAAUAAGGCAACCGUCGGCGUACUUGCGGUAGCGUUGUACCUAUACUCGUAUCUAGCAGAAGCACAGGGGUCUGAUAAAGAAUAUCAGAAAUGGAAAGCGAAGGUAGACGCAAACCAAAAAAAGCAUUUUGAAAAACUUCAGAGAAGGGAUCAGGACAAAGCGAACGCUGCUUUACUGACGAACUUACAGAGCGCUCUGUACAGAAACGGUUUAUCUGACGCACAGAAACACAGUCUUAACUCCGCAAUAACAUCGCUGAAAAUUGCGGAUAGAGUUAAAGAUGUCUAUUUCAAAAAAGCCGCUUACAACGAUGCACUCGACACAUUUAUUAGUGUUUUAUCACCCUAAAUGAGCCCUUUGCAUAGACUUAGAUGCGUUUAACCGUGAA